CUUUCUUCAAAUUUCUAUGGUUGGAAUUUCAACGGAAAAAAAAUUAUCCACUCAUAAUCAGAACAAAUGAAUGGAGAGGAAUUCUCAAAUAGUAUCAAGAAAUUCUAAUUGGAAAUAUUCCUAACAAAGACCUUUACACACACACACACACACACACACACACACACAUACACACACUCACAUAUAUAUAUAUUUUGUUAUUUUCAUCUGUUGUAUAGUUUAUUUCCUAAUAAUGUAACCACAGUCAGCUUCUUGAAAAAAAAACCAAAAACCAAAAAAACCCCCCCCAAAAAACCCCAACUUAUUCUGCUGUCAUUGGUAUAAUUUGUUGUUUAAUUUGUUGCCAUUGUUACUCCAUUACCAAGCUUUUAUUUAGCUACUCUCAAGUACUGCAAGGUUUUACUUGUAGCUAUGGGGAGAAAACGAUGUCCAUUUUCACAGUCGACACUUCUUGGGAGAAAAGGAUUUCAACUGAGAAAGUUGAUUCUGUUUCUGCUCUGUCUCUGUCUAGUUCAAUCUGAAGAAAAUUUUGCUGAUAUUUUGCAACAAAAUCAGUGUAACAUAUCAACAAGUUCAGAUCAUCAUCAUGUCCAAGUGGAUUUCAGCACUUCCACUCUUGAAAAUGAGUAUAUUGUGUCUUUCAAUGGUUAUUAUAAAUUUAUGGCCCGGAAAAGGUUCAUCGAUGCAGCUUUGUAUGAUUCUGGCGUGAUUUCUUGGAAGAUUCUUCCCCGAGAUAAUCCUGCUCAUGAAUAUCCUAGUGAUUUUGAUGUUGUUAAGAUCAAUGAUAAGAAUAAAAAUGGUGUUGACGCUCUAUUGAACCAUCCUGUUGUCAAAAGAGUCACUCCACACAAAAUGGUAACACGAUCUCUAAAAUUUAUACCAGUGAAGGAGAAAAAGAAAAAUAAUGCAACAAAUAACAACUCAGAAUGGGAUUCAAACUUUCAUAUGUUGCGAAGAUUACAUCAUAAAGGAUUGUCUGGCACGUCAGUAUUUUAUCCAAAACAUAAUAUGAAAUCUCGGCAGUUACUAAGAGCAGCUCCUAAACAAAUAACAUAUGCUUUGCAGGCUGAAGAACUAUGGAAUAUGGGAUUUACUGGAGCUGGAGUGAAAGUUGCUAUAUUCGACACUGGUUUAGAUGAAAAUCACCAACAUUUUAAAAAGGGUCGGAUCAAAGAUCGAACGAAUUGGACUCAUGAGAAAACCUUAGAUGAUGGUCUUGGACAUGGUACAUUUGUUGCUGGUGUUAUUGCCAGUUCAAAGCAAUGCUUAGGGUUUGCACCUGAUGCUGAUAUUUAUGUGUUUCGUGUGUUCACAAACAAUCAAGUUUCUUACACCUCUUGGUUCCUUGAUGCCUUCAACUAUGCAAUCUUGAAAAAAAUUGAUGUCUUGAAUCUGAGUAUUGGUGGUCCUGAUUUCAUGGAUCAUCCAUUUGUGGACAAAGUAUGGGAAUUAACUGCCAAUAAAGUCAUUAUGAUAUCUGCUAUUGGAAAUGAUGGACCACUUUAUGGUACACUCAAUAAUCCUGCAGACCAAAUGGAUGUUAUUGGAGUUGGAGGCAUUAACUUUGAAAACCAAAUUGCCCGCUUUUCUUCACGUGGAAUGACUACUUGGUUCAGAAAUGGCUGUCGUUCAUUGUCUGGAACCAGCGUAGCAUCCCCUGUUGUUGCAGGAGCAGUCACACUCUUGGCAAGUGCAGUAACAGACAGAGCCAGUGUGAUCAAUCCUGCUAGUAUGAAACAAGCAUUGAUGGUGUCAGCAAAGAGGUUACCUGGUGUCAAUAUGUUUGAACAAGGUCAUGGCAAGCUUGAUCUGCUCCGGACAUACCAAACUCUACAAACUUACAAACCUCAAGCAAGCUUGAGCCCCAGUUACAUUGAUUUGACUGAAUGCCCUUACAUGUGGCCCUAUUGCACUCAACCAAUAUACCAUGGUGGGAUGCCAGUUAUUAUUAACGUGACUAUACUGAAUGGAAUGGGUGUGACUGGACGUAUAGUGGACAAACCAUUAUGGCAGCCUUAUGCUCCUCAGUUCGGUAAUUACAUUGAUGUGGCUUUCUCAUAUUCUCAAACAUUGUGGCCCUGGUCAGGUUACUUAGCCAUUGCUAUUGCUGUCGGAAAAAGUGCUGCAAAUUGGCAAGGGAUUGCACAGGGACUGGUUACUGUUACUGUUGAAUCUGCUCCUGAGGAAGGGGAAGAUAGUCCACGUGUAUCCACAGCUAAAUUACCAGUUCGGGUUAAGAUUAUUCCAACUCCUGUACGAAGUAAAAGAAUCUUAUGGGACCAAUAUCAUAAUCUGCGCUACCCUCCAGGUUAUUUUCCAAGAGAUAACUUACGUAUGAAGAAUGAUCCACUUGAUUGGAAUGGAGACCAUAUACAUACCAACUUCAAAGACAUGUAUCAACACUUAAGAAAUAAUGGAUAUUUUGUUGAAGUAUUAGGAUCACCAUAUACCUGUUUUGAUGCCAGUCAAUAUGGUGAGUUUUUAUGUAAUAAAUAUUUAACAUAUUGGUAUAAUGUAUCUGUGAUGAGGAAAGUGAAAUUUUAUGAUGAAAAUACUCGACAAUGGUGGAUGCCUGACACAGGUGGUGCCAAUAUUCCUGCCAUUAAUGACUUAUUGGCAUCAUUAGGAAUGAUGUUCAGUGAUCAAGUGUUUGAAGGAGAACUCUUCCUUGGAGGCCACGAAUUGUAUUAUGCAUCUGGCACAAGUAUAACAAAGUUUCCUCCAGAUGGGAUAGUUAUCUCACAUAAACUCAAAGACCAAGGCUAUGAAGUUCUUCAAAGUCGUCCUCGAACUGUAGAGCAUGUUCCAGUUUUAGGCUUACACCAAACAACAGCCAAACCUACAUCUGGUCGUGUUGCAAUCUUUGGAGAUUCCAAUUGUUUGGAUAAUAGCCACAUGCUGAAAGAUUGCUUCUGGUUGCUAAAAGCCUUAUUGGAAUAUACCGCUCACAAGACUUUACCAUCAAUAUUUCAAGGUUAUGAAAAACGACCCUCUUGGCCUAGAGUGAAUUUACCAGAAAGAAUGGAAGGUAACCACUUGCACCGUUAUUCAAAAGUUCUGGAGGGACACUUAGGCAAUCCCAAACCUCGACCUCUGCCACCUUGCCCUCAUCAAAGCUGGGCAGCUCCACACCUCCUGAACAUAUCAGCCCCUUCGAAUCUGUUCCAGCAACCAAAACUAUUGUCAGUUGACAUUGGCCAGCAAUCUAAUUGGCGAAAUGCACACCACUUCCCAAUGAAGAUUCCUGAUAAAGCAAUCCCUGUCAUUGAAACACGAAAAGACUUUCCUAUAACUUAUGAUGGGUUAAGUUUCUAUCCCCUGUUUGCACUUGUAACCACUCUGCUUGUCUUAAUGUUUCUCAUCAAUCAAUAUUGCAAACACAAACCUCGACCAAAGAAGAAGAAGUCUUUUGUACGAAAGGUGCAACAUAUACUGUUGAAUCGAGUUCCCAGUGUCUGAUACUGUGAUCACAACCAGUGAUGUUUUUUUUGUAGGUUCAAAUUCUUGUUCUGUUGAAUAACGCAAAAUAUCAAAGAGAAAGUCAAGUGAAAGAAGACAACUGUUGAAAAAAAAAAGGAGAGAGAAAAACAAGCAAUGUAAUUUCUAUGACUCUUUUGGAACUAGAACUGCUGGCAGUAUCUCCAGAAUUCCGUUGACAUGAAAGUGGCUAAUUCUAAAAUCGUUGGUGUUUCUUUUAUCAGAAACUUUACUACCACCCCCAAAACAACCCUACCAUUUUAUUUUCAUUCGCCCAAAUAUAUUGAUUCUAAUUACAAAUGGAGUAAUAACAUUUAUAUAAUAUAUAUUUAUGUGUUUAUUUAUAUAUAUGUGUAUGUAUUUGUUUAUGUAUGUAUUCAUGAGUAUGUAUUCAUUCACGUACAUAUAUAUUUUUAUACACACAUAUGCCUAUAUGUAUGUUAUUUGCAUUUGUGUAUGCAUGUGUGUACUGGCCAUGCUAGCACUACCAUUAUUAUUGCUGCAGUUAAUGAUUUUGGUCUGCUGGAGUCUUGUGAAUGAGUGUGUUUUGAUGUGACUGAACUCCUAAGAUGUUGUUGGUUCAGCUGAAGUCUUCUUAUACAGUGGAGUUUGAAAGUAUUGGCAUGUAAUGUCAUACAGAUGAGCUUUGAUGGAGGAAGUUAAACUGCUGAGAUCCUGUGAUACCUAAUCUUCAGCUGGAAGUAUAAGGACAUCAUUUCUGCCAUUUUGCAGAAGCUUAGAGACCAAGAUUUUCUGUCACUUUCAAUGGUAUAAUUUUACACGAGUGCUAAUAUUUUCCAGACAUAAACACAGUUUUAUUUUUAUCCUUCUUCAUACUAUAAAGUAGAAGACUUCAAAUAUUUCACUUUAUUUCAAUAGUUUUGCUAGUUGAUUAGAACAACCUUCUUUAUGAAGUAUAACUGCUUCCUUCUAUAUUUGUUACUUUAGAAGGUAGUCAGAUCUAGGUGCAAUAGUUCCAAUCAGCUAAGAACAGGACUCUUGGAUACAAUACAACCUUCUGUUUCCUUGUUUGUUAUCUAGAUCCAUCUUGUUAAUCAUUUGAAGAUAAUCUGUUACAAACAGGAGUAUAAAAUGUUGCAUCAUUACACAAAUACACAGGUUUAAUAAUUUUCCAGAUUCUGGGAAUGCAAUUUUUUGAGGCCCUUUGUAUUUGGCCUUAUGCAUUCAGACUAACUUUGCCUGCAACAUUCUCAAGGGAUGUUAACAACUCUUGCUCAUCACUCAGCUGAUCAGCUGUGAAAACAAAAUCAUCAACUUCUGCUUGAUGGUGAAACUUUUGUUUUGUACGGGGCCAAAAUGUUACUUAAAGAUGUAUUCCACUACAGUCACAAGGAGAAAAGGAGAUAGACUGUCUUCCUGAAGGAUUCCUGCUGCUAUUCAAAACUCAUACGUUGGACUAUUUGUGCUUUGCAUAAAGCUUGAUAGAUUUUCAUAUGCGAAUAGUAUAACUCCCACAAUCUCAUCUCUGAUAAUAUAGAUCAACAGGAUAUAUAAUAUGGCCUUUGUGUUGACACUGUCAAAUGUCUUGAAGAAAUCCAUAAAUACAAUUGUUGCUUUCUGCUUGAAGAUUCUCAGUUCUAUAUUCUUCUAAAGGUAAGGAUCUUUUGUAGUGUUGAUCUACCUUUUUGGAAGCCAUUUUGGUUCUGCCUCUUUGGAUGGGAUCAGUGUGGGGUAAUAUUCUAUUAAAAAGCAUCAAGUUGUAGAUUUCUGAGGCUAAAGACGAGUGUAAUUCACAAGAAGUUUUGAAGCAGAUGAGAAUCACUUUUCUUUGAAAGUGAAAUAAUCGAAGACUUUGGGAAGGUUGUUGAUCUAUUUACUUUUCAGGUCUCAUUACAGAAGUCCAACAGAUAUUUAUAGAAUAGUGGACUCUUCUAGAUAAUUCCUGUGAUGUUAUCUGGACCUGAUGUAUCACUGUUGUUUUAACUUCCUAUAGUGGGUGGGCUAAUUUGGAUUGGUUGGCUAUCUGCUACUUUGUGUUUGAAGAAAGGAUCAUUACCAUGUUUAGUAUUGCAUAACUUUGUUAUGGAAUAAGCCACCAGUAAAAAAAAAAGUUACUUUAUAUUUAUUCUUCCCAAAUUACCAUGAAUAAAGUCCUGCCAAAGUCAAGAACCUCAGCAUAUUUUACCACUGAACUCCAGGUACCUAUCCUAAUCAAUCAAGAAAGAAAUGUAUCCACAUGUCAUAUUGCCACAUUCUUACUCCAGUAUGAAGAAAUAUUUCAUGUUGCAUUAUCGAUCUAGUAUCUGAAAUCCAAAUAUUGGAAAUGUAUCAUAUGAUGAUUGCAAUGAAGAAGGAUCCUGCUUACAUAUGGAUGUGAAGCUAUUGUUUUGAAAUAUAGCUUAAGUAAAAGUUGUUGUCUUCCAAAAUGACGAACCUGAGGUAAAAUUUUAGACAAGAUAACAAAGUGGAUAGUGAUAAUAGUGUAGUUCUAAAGAUGGAACUGCACUGACUUCUAGUUUAUCUCAUUUUAAACAUUUUAGAGCACUUUGAUUUCUUUUUCAUAAAGCCUUGCAUUAACAUUUGGUGCACUUUCAUUUCUUUUACCAUUUUUGGUUCCAGGGAAUAGUAAGCAAAUGACAGGAUUUUAGAAUACUAUGAUUCAAAAUCAGGUGGACUGAAAUUAGUAAAAUGUCAAUUUUUUUUUCUUGCAAAUUUAGAGACAUAUCAGAUAUUGCAAAGUAACUGUUGAAAGGGUUAAGAUCUUUUUUAAAAUGACAUUGAAAAGAUAUUCAAUAGCUUCUUACUGUAUGGGCCUUCAAAGAAUUCUCAGAAGUGAACCAGAUUUCAUGAGGGGUAAGUUCCUUGGUGAGUGAACACAUGAAAGUAGUUGGUAGGACAAGAAUACAAGAGUGAUGGUUGUGUGUGUAUGUGUGUUAUAUGCAUACAUACAUAGAUACAUAUAUCUAUGUAUUUAUAUAUAUAUAUAUAUAUAUCGUAGUUAUGUGUGGACAUAUAUAUAUACAUAUAAUCUUAGAAGACAAUAUGUCACAAUGCAUUUGCAGUACCAGUGCUGAUUCCAACAUUUGGGAUACUUGACUGGUCUGUAGAAGAAAUCCUUUCCAUAGACAUGAAAACAUACAAGAUACUGACAUCAGCUAGACAAUUCCACAAAAAUGGUGAUAUCAAUAAGCUCUGCUGAAGAAGAGAUAAAUGCAGAUAGCCUUUGACUGUCGUAUCGUCUCUCUCUCAGUUCUUGUAAAUAUCUAAGUGACAAUCUGGAUAAGCUAAGAUUUUCAGAAAAAUAAAUCAGCCAGUUAACUUACACAUUACAAAUACAAUCUGUAAGUGGAACAGUAAAAAUCUGCAAGACUAUUCUCAUGUUUAAAAUGUGACAUUGUUUUUGUUAUCUACGGUAGAGCUUUGUAACUUUGUUAGAAACCAGUUCCUUCCUCAGAGAAUUUGAAUAAUUGAAAACAGAAGAGAACCUACCUACCUACAUAUAUACAUAUAAUAUACAAUCACUCAAGUGUAAAACAAGGUGCAAAAAAAUAGUUCUUGAAUACCAAAAGUAGAAUAAAAUAAUGUCUUAUAGAAACUGAAAAGAUUUCAUAAACUGUUACUCAUAGUUUCACGUCACCGGCCACCAGAAAUUACGAGUGUUUAGAAAAAUACUCAGGACUAUCUAACGAUCAGUCAUGUGAUACUGAGUUACAGUUCGUGAAGUCUUUACUACUUCAAAACACACACACACAAAAUAUACAUUCCUGUAUUUCUAUACAUACAUAGAUGUAUACAUACAAAUAUACAUAUAAUGAAGACAUAGGGCUUUUUGCACGCGGAAAGGGAAAGCUAAGUAAUUUUUAUAUAUUUCAGGCAUCAGACUCCAUCAUCAGGAGUUACCUGAUUAAAGUAACGUAAGUUUAUGGAGAUGUGGUCAUGUUGAGUGUUGUACAAGCAGUGAUUCCUCUUUGUCCGUUUACGUGGUGGUAUUGGCAAGGGAGAAUGUAGUAGCAGGACCCGUUCUCCCAAAACGGUUCUGGCAGUGGUUGUAGGGGUCACAGUUGGGAUGUUAGUGGAUGGUAGCGGGUUAUAUGGAUGUUGAGACCUUCAUUGCUGAUGGCCAUAUUGAUGGCAGUAGUGGUCCUCUCAAGUCCCACUGCAGCACUUUUGGCAAGCAUCUUCCACUAUAGCCAUGGGCCGACCAAUGCCUUGCAAGUGAACUUGGUAGACAGAAACUGUGUGGAAGAUCGUUGUGUUUUUGUGUGUGUAUGUGUUCGUCUCCAUCAUCGCUUGACAACCAGUGUUGACUUGUUUAUGUCCCUGUAACAUAAUGGUUCUGCAAAAGAGACUGAUAAAAUAAAUACUGGGGUCGAUUUGUUCGACUAAAGCCUUCAAAACGGUGCUUUCUGCAUGGCUGCAGUCCAAUGACAGAAGCAAGUAAAAGAUCAUAUAUAUAAUCAAAGAAAAAAGAUAAAUCCGUACGUUGUAUGCAACCAAUGGAAUCCCCGUGGAAGUGGUGACGUUUCUAAUAAAACUAUUUGUCUGCCUAUGAAUGGAAAUAAACUUCAGUGAGUUAUC